AUGGAGAAGAAGAUGAUGGAAAUGAUGGAACAAAAGCUAAGUGAGCUGCGAGAUCAAGUCAUACAAGAGCAGGAAAUCAAAAUUUUGGAACUAACGCAAUCAAUUGCUGCGAUUAAUUUGCAAAAUCAGAAAAACAACGCAGCAAGGGAUAAGGGUGAAGGAAGUAACGAAGGAAGAUCAGAUUGGGGAAGAUCUACUCGAUAUGAGUUUCCUAAGUUUGAUGGUGAAGGAUUCGAAGGUUGGAUGAUGAGAGCCGAAUAUUUUUUUCAGGUAGCAAAGGUAUCGGAUGAUGAGAAAGUGAGAGUUGCAGCAAUUCAUUUGGAAGGAAAAGCGCUCCAAUGGCACCGAGGAUUUUUUACACUACACGGAGAUGAAACGUAUAUUGAUUGCAGGUAUUACAUAUCAUGCUUAGCUGCUCGCUUUGGAGCUCAUGCCUUUGAAGAUCCGCUUGCAGAUCUGCGAAAUCUCAAACAAAAAGGUACGCUACAAUCAUACAUGGAUACUUUUGAUGAGUUGUAUCCGAGAGCGGGUAUUAGAGAGGAUCAAGCUCUUAGUUUUUUCUUAUCUGGACUUAUUGAUGAACUACAAAUGCCAGUAAGAAUGUUUAGACCUAAAGGCUUGGCUGAGGCUUACUCAUUAGCUAAAUUGCAAGACCUAACUGUGAAGGCUUUGGGAAUUAAGCCUAAAGGAUUGCAGAGUAAUGUUUAUACUAAUAGCAGCUAUUACUCGAGUAGUAAGCCUAUGGCAGUUACCUCUACUAAUAAACCUGUGGUGAAUACUAACCCCUGGAAUGGAGGAAACAAGGAACCUAACCGCCUUGGAGAGCUUGAUGGAGUGGUUGGCCGUGAGGAACAAGGAAGUAAUGAGGACGAAGUAGAGGAAGAAGAGAAGCUUGACCUCCAACUGUCUCUGCAUGCGGUUUGGGGAAAAGAUGGACCACAAGUGAUGAGAAUUAGAGGAGUUUGUCAUAAGAAAACCUUAAAAAUAUUGAUUGACACAGGGAGCACUCAUAAUUUUUUGAGUACUAAGGUGGCAAAAACGAUUAAGUGUCAGCUUACUAUUGUCAAUUCCAAGGCUGUGGAGGUUGCUAAUGGACAGCUGCUGCAAUGUAAUCAGAAAUGUGAUAAACUGGAAUGGGAAAUGCAAGGCUCUUGGUUUCAAGCAGAGGUUUAUUUGAUUCAUCUGGAAACUUAUGAUUUGAUUUUGGGAGGAGAAUGGUUAUCUACAUUGGGGGAAAUCACAUGGAACUUCAAUAAAUUGAGUAUGCAAUUUGAAAUCUGUGGCAAAAAAGUGGGACUGCAAGGUGAAUUAUGGUCACCAAAACCUGAUCAACUCCAUUGUUUACAUGUUUUUAACCCAACCGAAGUGGAUGAAGAAGAGAGAAAAGUUACUCAAAUGAUGCCUUCAGUAGAAGGUGAUAUUAGCUACUGCUAUGGAGUGAGUACAGAGGACAUUUGGCCAAAUCUUAGCUCCAUAUUACUGGAAAAUGAGGCUAUUUUUAUGGAACCAGUAACCUUACCACCACAACGGGAGCAAGAUCACAAGAUUGUUUUAAAAGAUGGAUCUGAUGCAGUCAACAUAAGACCCUACAAAUAUGCUGCCAAACAGAAAGAUGUGAUUGAGGCCAUGAUUGCUGAGAUGCUUAACUCGGGAGUUAUAAGGCAUAGUGAGAGUCCUUUUGCUAGUCCCAUUGUCUUGGUUAAAAAGAAAAAUUCCUCAUGGAGAAUGUGUGUUGAUUACAGAGUUUUAAAUGCUAUUACAGUUAAGGAUAAGUAUCCUAUACCAGUUAUAGAGGAGCUUCUGGAUGAGUUAGGGGGUGCCAAAUGGUUUUCUAAGAUUGAUCUAAGAUCUGGUUACUGGCAGGUUUGA